AUGUUAUCUACAGAAAUAUUAUUUUGGAAAGUUAUAAGAAAUAAAUAUUUAUUUAGGAAAAUAUUUGAAAAAAUUGAAAACGAGUUAUAUUAUACAGAUUAUCAAAAGUAUCAUGUUUUAAAUAGAAUCAAAUUUAAGAAUAUUCAUUCAUUCGAUUGGAUGAUAAAACAAAAGUUGUACUCAUUAAUAAAGAGUAAAAUCAAGUUUAAUGAUAUUAUUCAUUUUGAACCAACAUCAAUUACAAAUUUUUUCUUAAUAACAUCAACAUCAACAACAAGUACAACUAUAACUACAACUUCAUUUGAAAAAGAGAUUGAAAAUGAAAAUCAAAUUAAAAUCUUUAAACAAUUAUUAAAAUUAUUAAUGAAUUAUAGAAGAGGUGAAUUUGAAAUUAAAGAUUUAAUAGAGACAUCAAUUGCAACUAGUAAUCCACAUGCUAUUGAAUUAUUUAUAUGUACAAAGAAUAAUUAUCAAUUAUCAUUGACAUCAAGACAAUUUAGAUAUAUUAUAUUUAAUGAUAGUUUUUCAAUUGAACUUAUAAAAUCAUUAUUUAAACAACAAACUAAACAACAAUUAGAAGAGAAUCAAUUAGAUAGUUUUAAUUUUGAAAAGAAUUAUUAUAAUAAUAACAACAAUAACAAUAACAAUAACAAUAACAAUAAUAAUAAUAAUAAUGGUGAUGAUUAUUAUUGGUUAAAAGAAUUAAAAAAAUUCAUUCUUUUAACUUCAAUUUAUUCAUCUAAUAGUAGUUUUAGUGAUAAUAUUAAAAAGGAAUUCCAAAAAUUUUACAAUCACUAUUUAGAAAUUUAUGAUGAACCAAUUGAAGAAUUAAACCAAGAUUUUGAUUUAAUUUAUAGAUAUUCAAUAAAAAGAUAUAGUUUAAAAUCAUUAAAAUUCUUAAUUAAAAAUAAUUAUUUUGAAUCACAAAUUUUAGAUAAAAAAAGAAAAUUACAACAACAUAAACAAGGAAAUAAUAAUAGUAAUUAUAGUAUUAAUAGUAUUAAUAAUAAUAAUAAUAAUAAUAUUAGUAGUGGAACAAAAAUUAUAGCACCAAUAGAAUUUAUACAUAAUAAUCCAGAUCAAGUGAUUGAAUUUAUUAAAUUAUAUUAUUCUGUUGGAAUAAACCCAGACUUUCCACCAUUCGAUUUCAUUGAAACAUUUCGUUCAAUAUUAUUUAAUGAUAAUGCAUCAACUCUAUAUAAUAGGUUAGUUAAAUCAAUACCAGACCCUGAAAUAAAUAUUGCUCAACUUCCACUUGAAUUUCAUCCAGUAUUACCAUACCUAUUUAUAACAAAAAAAAGUUCACCUUCCUUACAUUUUAAUAAUAAUAAUAAUAAUAAUAAUAAUAAUAAUAAUAAUAAUAAUAAUAAUAAUAAUAAUAAUAAUAAUAAUAAUAAUAAUAAUAAUUUGACAAUGAUGAUAUUAAAUAAAGAAACCAUCGAUUGGAUUUCAAAUACAAUAAAGAAAAGUAAAAGUAAUUUAAGUUUUAUUAAAUCAAAAUUAUAUGAUGCAUUGAAAGAUGGUAAUUUAAAAUUUAAAUCAAUUCAAAUGGCAAAGUAUGCAUUCGAUUUAUUGGUACCAAUAGAUUUUGAAAAAUCAAAAAUGCAAAGAUUUUUUUAUUCUGCAGUUAUAAAUGUUAAUUCCCAACUAUUAGAGAAUUCAAUAUUAUUACUUGGUAAUCAUAGUUUUAGUUUCGAUAUCGAAACUAUUAAAUUACCAUCACUUCAAUAUCAAACAUUAAAUGAAAUUAUAACAAUGAUCAACUAUUUUUAUAAUUAUACUAAUAGUAAUAAUAAUAAUAAUAAUAAUAAUAAUAAUAAUAUUAAUAAUAAUAAUAGCAAUAGUAAUAGUAAUAAUAAUAAUAGUAGUGGUAAUAAUGAAUUAAUAUUAAAUGAAAAUGAAAUUCAAUCAUUAUUAUUACAUUUAUUAAAAGAGAUAACAAUUAUUAAACCAGAUUAUUAUUGUUUAGAUAAAAUUGGGUUCAAAUUUUCAAAAUUUAAAAAUGCUACAAUGAAAUUAGUAUAUCAUUCAAUUAAGGAAUUAAAUGAAUGGGCAUUGAAAUGGAUUUUAUAUAGUGAUUUUGAUAUAAAUGAAUGUGAUGCACAUCUAAUUUAUAAUGAUGAUUUUCAUUCCAAUGUCUUUGACAUUAAAACAGGUACAAUUGAAUAUUUAUCAACAACAACAACAACAACAACAAUAAAAAAUUUUAGUUUUACUAUUGAAGAUAUUAUAGAAUCAAUUAAUUAUUGGUUAAAUGAAAUUAAGAAACAAAAACGAAAUUAUCAAAUUGAAAAACAAAAACAAAAACAAAAAAGAUUCUUUAUAAUAAUUUUAAAUGAACUUUAUAAAAUGUUAAUAUCAAUGAAGGCAAUGACAAAGGAUAUUCUAUUAUCGGUCCAUAAUUUAUUUAAUGAGAAUCAAAUUGAUAUUGAAAAUCAACUUUUAUUAGAAGAAACAAAAGAAUCAAUGUUUAUCACUUUAUUUAGACAUUUAUCAAUUAUUGAUAAUAGAUAUAUUUCAUUCAUAAUGACAAUUUUAAAAGGUACCGAUGAAUAUUUUUAUAUUUUAGAAUGUUUAAAACAUCAAACAAUCACUGUAUCAACAAUAUGUAAUUUAUCAUUUGAUGAGAUUUUAAGUAGAUUAAGAUCAUCUUUAUUGAAAUAUGAAGAAUCAAUAUUACCAAACACAACUUUUUAUAAUAUUUUAACUCCAUUAUUACUGGAUUAUUGUUUAUCUUACUAUUUAAAUAUAAAAAGGGUUGAUUUAUUUUUCAAAGAGUUGGAUGAAAUAAAGAAAUUUCUUUUUCAAAAUGAAAAAACUAGAAAAAGAAUUAAUAAUUCUACAUUUUCAAGGGCAAUAAGAAACGCAACCAAUAUUCUCAAUGAAGAGGAGAUAGAUAAUCUCAUCAGUAUUUUACCAAAUAAUGCCAAUCAUUUUCAAUCUAUUUUUAUUUCUUCAGUUUCACAAAAUAAUUUUCAAAUUGUUAAACAUAUCCUUAAAAAUUAUAAUGAUAGGGAACUAUUUCCAGAUUCUGAUUCUCCAUUAUUGAAAACUGUUUUUAGAGAAAAUAACUUGGAAAUGUCAAAAAUUUUAUUAAAUCAUUUAAAAUAUAGAUUUACAAACAAUUCUAAAGAUUCACUUUUCACAGAGUCGUUCAAUAAUGGAUUUUUAAAACUUUGUGAAUUAUUGGUUCAAUCAUUUCCAGAUUAUAAUUUUAAAAUUUCAGAUUCAAUGAUAAAAGAUAUAAAAUUAAAAGGAUAUAAUCAUAUGUUUUUUUCUUUAAUUAUUAAAUAUUAA